AUGCUUUGUAACAAUAUGCUUGGCAUGCUAGGUUCUGAGACGUUUGGUUUGGCCAUGGCUGUAAGCGCCAGGCCCUGUGUCGUACGCUCGAUGCAUACGGGAAACUGUGAACAUGGUUUGUACGACCUGUCGGCCUACGUGCCAGGCGGCUGGCACGGCGAAGGGACAAGGACGCAGGGACUGAAUGCUUCCGGUUGGAUGCAGUGCAUCUUCACGUCGGCGACUCAGGAGGACACCAGAAGUAGCAGCCCACUGGAAAUCACGCAGGAGCUUACAGGGUCAGCCUCAUUGAGCCAAGCCAUGAAGUCUGCUGGCGCAGAGGGUGAAAGGGUUGCUGCAAACUAG